AUGCCAGUGCGCAUCGACGCUUUUGAUCACCUGGACCUUGCAUCCAUUCCGGCACCAUUCGACGCCUUCGACCUUGCUCAAGGAACUAACUCACGACUAUCCAAUGACGACGCGAAGACCGUGCAGUCGAGACUCCGGCAGCGACAAGACGAGCUGCAUAUGAUCCUCGCGCUCUUGGCUCAAGCCUAUGGCCCACGAAAGCACCUCAAGCCUAUCCUCGAAGAGAAGCAGGCCCAACUCGAGGACCAAAUAAGGAGAUUCAAGAUAGCGCUCGCUCCUUGGAAGUCGCUACCGCCCGAAAUCAUCCAGGAUGUAUUCCUCCUGCUGAGGGAUGGAUCCAUCACCUUUCCGCCCAUGGUCAACCGAGCACCGCUCUUGCUGUGUCGGAUAUGCUCGCCUUGGAGAAGUCUGGCGUUGGAGACACCAGGCCUCUGGAGCUCCGCAUCCCUCUUCCUCGAUACUACUGCCGAAUCGGUAAAGAUCUCCCGCAACGUGUUCGCGUUGUACGCCUUCCUGGACCGCGCCCAUUCCAAGAAUGUUCCCCUGCACCUCGAACUACGUGAGCAAACCUCGUCCAAAGGUCGAGGUUCCUUCCCCCAUUAUGCCGCAGGCUCUUAUGACCCAAAAUCCAACCUCAUCACGAAUAGCGUAGUUCCCUUUACCCGCAAUCUACAAAGCCUCAGCCUGACCGUCUCCCCUGAAAACUUUACGACAUUUGUACGACUGCCAUCAGGCACGUUAGACUCUCUCCUCACCCUCCACCUCGAAGCAAGCAUGCCUGGCCCUACCAGGGCGUCUGAUGGGCUGAGGAAGUCGUUCACUCCUUUUGGGUCAACGCCACGGUUAAAAAGCUUAAUUCUCGACUUCUCCCCCCUGAUGAUGGUCGAUCCUCAAUUCGUUAACUUUCCGUGGCAUAGCAUCCGAUACCUCCAUUGUCGACACCAUAUCUCCCUCGACACCUUCCUCGAAAUCAUGGAAUCGUGUGCAUCUGCAGAGGAGCUACAGUUCCUAGUAGCAGGCCGAAAAGGAGCAACAAUAACACCGAAUCGUGCAUCGCUACCAGAGCUUCGCGCACUCGAUUUGACAUUUGCACCCGACUCAAUCUGCGACCCCUUCUUCCUCCCCUACACCCUCCCUAAUCUUAAUUCACUGACAAUAAAAGGUGACGCCGACGUCUUCUUCUCCUCCAAACGACCUUGGGUAGACAUACUGGAGAGCAUGCAAUGCGACAUCCACCAUCUCGAGCUGGAUAACGUCGACCCAGAGCUCGUCCAAAUGGACGACAUCAUCGCCCAUACACCCUCACUCAAAACGCUUGUUACGCCACCAAACACCGCGCUUUCGCCCGAAUGCCUCCGCGGCAUCCUCUCUGGGCAGCACGCCAAGUCCCUGGAGAGGCUUCGUAUCACGAGCCACCAGCCUUUAGCGCCCGUCCUCGAGCUGCUAGAGUACGAGGGCGCGCGGAGGAAGAGGUCAGGCCUCCCCUCGGCUUCAAGGUUGCGGUGCUUGGAGAUCGACUGCGACCGCCGGAAUUAUGUCGUCAACGCAUUUCGUCUGGAUCGGGUGCAGGCGGCGACAGGGAUUAUGGUGGAGUGCAUCAACUCCUUGUCAGUGGAAGUAUGA